UUUCCUUUAUCUGUCAUAUAAACAUGGCUAUAAUAUGUUUGGAUUUGAAAACUACAUGUAUUGUUUCUUUCCUUUUGAGGAUUUUAUUCAUGUUUUUCGGUGAAUGGCAGGAUGCAACCAUGGUCUUAAAGUAUACAGACAUUGAUUAUGAGGUGUUCACUGAUGCUGCUAGACAUGUUACUAUGGGAAAUUCUCCCUAUGCCAGGGCAACUUAUCGCUACACUCCACUGCUAGCGUGGAUACUCGUGUCAAAUAUAACGAUUCAUAAAGCUUUUGGAAAACUUGUUUUUGUGGUUUGUGAUAUUCUUGCUGGAUACCUUAUCGUUUUAAUUCUGAAAAGUCAAGGAAACGCUGAAUUUAGGGCUGUUAAAUACUCUUGGUUGUGGUUCUUUAAUCCAUUAACAAUAACAGUAUCAACUAGAGGCAAUGCUGAGUCAGUUUUGGCUCUCCUCGUUCUUGCCACUUUUUAUUUUGUACUCAAAGAGCGGUCAAAUGUUUCUGCUAUAUUCUUUGGAAUUUCUGUUCAUUUUAAAAUCUACCCAAUAAUAUAUGCAUUACCACUAUAUUUAACAGUUGGAUGGUACGCAAGAGGAAAGGAAAAUACUAGACGUCAGAGAGGAAAUGGUGGUUGGUUUUCCUGUAUGAUUUCAUACGUCAUUCAUCCACAUCAGUUGAAAUAUGGACUGAUUUCUGCAUCAGUAUUUUUUGUAAUGACUGGAAGCAUGUACUUCAUAUAUGGAUACGAGUUCCUUGAGCAUACAUACAUUUACCAUUUGACAAGAAAGGAUGUAAAACAUAAUUUCUCAGUUUAUUUUUACAUGCUAUAUUUGACCAUGGAUAGCCCAUUCUCGUGGCUUAUUAGCUUACUUGCAUUUCUUCCUCAAUUCCUUCUUGUCUUUCUUUUUGGCAUCAAGUACUACAAAGAUCUACCAUUUUGUUGCUUUCUGCAGACUUUUGCCUUUGUCAGUUUUAACAAAGUUUGUACAUCACAGUACUUCCUUUGGUAUUUAUCCUUAUUUCCACUAGCGCUGCCUCAGGUAAAAAUAAAAAACUGGAAGUAUAUAAUGAUGUUAUCAAGUUGGGGAUUAAGUCAGGCCUUUUGGCUGCUGGCAGCUUAUCUUUUUGAAUUUCGUGGCUACAAUACUCUGCUGUUGGUGUGGACAGCUAGUUUAAUAUUUUUUGUUGUAAAUGUGUGGAUUCUAAAUACAAUAGUUGUUAAUCAUAUUUCGUUAGUAAAAAGGAAAAGUACAUGAAACUUUCAUUUCCA